AUGGCGAGGAUGCUCCGUGGAGCGGAGCAGCUCGGGUUGCAUAGGCAGGGGCAUGUGGCAGAGGCUUUUCACAUCAUUGUGUACCAGGAAGCAGAGAGGAAGACAGGAACCACAGACUGGUGCCAACGGCUGGGAACCAAGUCUUGCCAUGCCAGAGCCUUUGAGGACGGUUCUCUCUCAAACCACUGCAUUGCUUCUGCCUUCCCGCAGGUGAACGAGCGCGUCUUGAACAGGCUCCACCAGGUGCAGAGGAUAACUCGGAGACUCCAGCAGGAGCGCAGGUUCCUCAUGAGGGUGCUGGACUCCUACGGGGACGACUACAGGGCCAGCCAGUUCACCAUCGUGUUGGAGGAUGACGGCAGCCAAGGCACAGAUGUCCCCACCCCAGGCAAUGCUGAGAAUGAGCCUCCAGAGAAAGAGGGGCUUUCUCCUCCCCAAAGGGUUGCCUCAAGUGAAGGGCCUGGGAAAACAGCGCCCUCAGAGAGGCAGCAGGCACCGUGGGUCUGGACUUCGUUGACCCCAGUGCGUGGUAGUGGCGGCUGGGGCCAAGGCAUGAUUAAGAUUGAGGAAGACUUUGGCUUUGAAGCAGAUGAGGCCUUGGAUUCAAGUUGGGUUUCUCGAGGGCCCGACAAACUGCUACCCUACCCUACCCUAGCCAGCCCACCCUUUGACUAACCCUCUCUCCCCAAUAAACAGACCCCCCAACACACACACUA